CUCAGUAACAGAUCAAGGGGGGGGGAGGCAUGUGUAAGUUUCAUUUGCUUCCUUGUUAAAUGCAGCUUGGAGCCGCCGGCCGGUCCGCGGCAGGAGACAGAGAGCCAGGCCAAGGAGCUGUGAGCGUGCUGACUCACGAACCCGCUCCCCCUCCAGAUCUGGCCGGCCUGGGAGCCAGGACAGUGCCACCAGCCGGACCCCGGAGCCGCCGGCCUCUGAACCGCACGGUGUGGGACGGAGACGGGACCUUAGGACUGGCCCAGUCCCUGUCGCUGCUUCCUGAAGCAGGGGGUGGUGCCACGCUCCCCACAUGGCAGCUGGGUGCCCCCCAUAAGGCCGGUCAAACUGGACGCCUCGGGCCCACGUGAGACACCCUCAGGCCAAAGCCCACCCGCCCGCCACUCCCACCUCAGCUGGGACUCACCAGCAGCCACCCUGCACCAUGCCGGCCAGGGGCCGAAGGGAUCGGCUGUGGGCAGAUACCACGAUGCCACCACCAUCACCGACCUGUGUAGCUGUGGCAACGUCCCCGAGGUGGAGAUCAUCAGCCUGCUGGGGGAGCAGCUGCCCCAUUACACCCUGCGGGCUGACACGCUCUUCGGGUACGAACACGACGACUGGCUGCGCACGCCCCUGCUGGCCCCCGAGGCGCCCACCCCCCUGACGCCCCAGCAGAUUGAGGAGACCCUGAAGUACUUCCUCCUCUGUUCCGAGCGGGUAGGCAGGAUCACAAAGACCUACCAUGAUCUUGACGCAGUGACCAACCUGCUGGAGGAGAAGGAACGGGACCUGGAGCUCGCAGCCCGGAUCGGGCAGUCCCUGCUGAAGCAGAACCGGAGCCUGAUGGAGCGCAAUGAGCUCCUGGAGGAGCAGCUGGAGCUGGCCAAGGAGGAGAUUGCCCAGCUGCGGCACGAAGUCUCCAUGCGGGAUGACCUGCUCCAUCUCUACACCAACACCGUGGAAGACAGUGAGCCGGCCACAGCCACUGCCACGCCGCUGCGACGGAACGAGUCCUCGCUGUCCCUGCAGCAGUAUGUCCAGUACGACACCCUGCAGCAGAAACUCAGGGGCCUGGAGGAGGAGAACCAGAAGCUGCGCUUGGAGGCCACCAGCAUCGCCUCGGAAACCUUCCAGUACGAGGACCAGGAGCAGCAGCUGAUGCUGGACUGCGUGGAACAGUUCUCUGAAGCCAGCCGGCAGGUGGUUUCUCUCUCCGAGGAGCUGGCCCGCAAGACCGAGGACACGGCCCGGCAGCAGGAGGAGAUCAGCCAGCUCCUGGCCCAGAUCGUGGACCUGCAGCAGAAGUGCCGCAUGCACGGCGCGGAGGUGGAGGAGCUGCAGCAGCAUCUGGCCACGACGAAGGAGGCUCAGCAGAAGCUGCGCACUGAGCUGCAGGACCUGCAGGAGAAAUACGCCGAGUGCGAGGGCAUGCUGCACGAGGCCCAGGAGGAGAUCAAAACCCUGCGCACCCGGAACCUCCCCAACAGCACCCUCAGCCGGUACAGCCUGCUGCCCGUGGACUCGCUGGCCGCGGAGAUCAAAGGGAUCAUGAGGAAAGGAGCUGACAGCUCACCCUCCUCAGAGUACAAGAGCUACAAACGGGCCUUCGAGACGGUGAAGGUCGUGAACCAGGCAGUCAAAGCUAAGUCGCGUGCGGAGUCACCCCAGAGCCUGCCCGGCUCCAAGCCUUCCUCGGCCCUCCCCUCGGCAGGGUGCAGCCAGGUCAGCACGCCCCGCACCAGCUACUACGGGUCAGACAGCGCCAGCCUGGCACUGGAGAGCCUGGAGAGCGCCCUAGGCGAGGAGAAGCUGCGAGGCACUCCGGGCACCCCGGGCAGGCACGAUCUGGAGGCCGCGCUGCAGCGUCUGUCCGCCCGCCAGGAGAGCCAUGCCUCGGAGCGCUCCUUCUUCGAGACGGAGCGCGAGCAGAAGCUGAACCAACUGGCCAGGGACGUGGAGAGCUCCAGUGGGUUCCUCACGCCCAACGACAGCAUCCUGUCCACCGGCACCAACUACUCUGGCAGCUCGGAGCACACCGGGGCCUCCGGCUUCUCCCUCGGCUCCCUCUCCUACCUGCCGGACAAGCUGCAGAUCGUCAAGCCCCUGGAAGGCUCGGUGACUCUCCACCACUGGCAGCAGCUGGCGAAGCCCAACCUGGGCGGGAUCCUGGACCCCCGGCCUGGUGUGCUCACCAAAGACUUCCGGCAGCUGGACGUAGACCUGGAGGAGGUCUACAACCUGAAUGACCUUGAGGAGGAUGACGUGGACCUGAGUAUGUUCCCGGCACUUGCUGCGUCCACGCCUUCCAAAGCCAACGGCUGCUCCAGUGUGUUCCGCUCCUCCAUUAACAACCUCCCCCAGACUCCAUCCACCUUCACCAUCACCACCUGCCGCAUCCUGCACCCCAGCAAGGAGAUCACCAUGGUGACGCCCAGUCUUUAUAAUACAGUCGUGCCCUCUUGUGGACCCUUUGAGAGGCUGAGUGCCGCCGGCCCCCUGCCCCAGGCUCCGGAUCCUGGCCCCAGGCCGCUGGCUGCGCCUCUCAGGCUUGUCACUCUGCUGCUGGAGCACGGCAUCUCCGCCUCGGUGCGAGCGAGCAACGCCCUGGCUGCGCUCCGGGCGCCGGAGCCCCCCUCCUGGCUUUCCCCCUUGAGGGAGCAGUGGGACAGCCUGGGGGGAAGGUCUCUGGGCAGCUCAGGCUUGGCUCAGCCUUUCCCUAGGGCCGCCGGGCUGGAGGACGGCGGGGCCCCUGGGCCUAGCGGAUCCCAGAAUAAGAGCAACAUCUUCAGCUGGAACCUGGUGGAGAAGCUGAAGAGACUCAGGCUGGACAACGUGGUGGCCAGAGGAGAGGCCUCCUUCCGGGGCGCAGAGGAGGCCAGGCAGCCCACUGGGACACCGGCCGCCACCCCCACAUGGCCGUGAGCUGGUUCUUGGGACUCUGCUGCUAAGGGGAGCCCCUGAGCCUCUUGGUUGGGCCAUGACCCCUGCAGAGCAACGUGGGCCUCCCCAUCACCCCCUCCCCAGAGCCCUUUCCAGCCAGGAGCCAGCUGUGGGGGGGAGAUGAUCCCUCCAGGUCUUGGCUGCUGGCAGGAGCUGGACUCUGCAGAGGGAUCUGCUCUGUUGUCUCUUAACUUAUUUCCAGGCACUUAGUGGGUCCCCUGGGUAGGGGCCCCCCACAGGUGAUGCGGGUGGGGUGACCAUUUUCUGAGUGGCAGUGACAACCAGUGCAUCAGUGGCUGCCGUUUAAUUGGCACCUUGGCUCUCUGCCACUGACCUGGGCAUAGGGGACGUGUCUCCAGGGUGGCUCAGGCUGCCCCAUGACAAGCCCCCCGUCCCUCCCUCCCCCAGGUGCAGCAGGUCUCCCGUGUGCCCCAUGCCAAGGGGGUGAGGCCAGGGACACUCUGCUGAGCUGGAGCUUAGCUUUGGGCUGGGAGGUUGGCUCUGGUCUCUUCAGAGCAGGUGCUUGGACUGGGUCCUUCCCCCAGCAUUAGCAUGGCUGGGGGAGCACUGAGUGCACAUGGGGGCUGGGGGACUCCUGGGGGGCUGCAGGGCAGCUUGUGCUGCCUGUCACAUCUUGCAAUGAUCCACUGUCCUGUCCUUCUCCAGACACACACCCCCUCCCCCCCAGGAUGGCAGCAUCUCUGCCUCCGCUGCUCCGGGGGCGUCGUGUCAGGAUCACAAAACUAGGUCUGGAAGCUCGGGGGCCGAGGGGCAGCAGCUCUGGGGAGGGAAGCUGGCACAACCCCUGCUCCUAGGGGCUCUAGCCCCCUCCCCGAGCCCUGAACGUGUCUUCAGCCGCAGCAGGCGGGCACAGCUGGGGGUGGGGGGGUGUCUGCCCCUGGAACCGCAGGCAGGGAAGGGGCUCAGGUCUAUGGUUUACAUGUAGGUGGGUGGGUGGCUCCCACCGCUGCCAGGUCUCCCCCCUACACCCACAUUCACUCUUAGCCGAGUGCAGCGGUGGGGAAGGCCAGGUCCCGUGGCUGUCAGUGGGGGGGGGGCUUAGGAUCUCGAUGAGGAACAGGCAAUAUUGUUCCAGCCAGGGAGGGGGCAGUGACUCUUAUGGACAGGCCAGGCCCUCCUCUCCCAACAGCCUGAGGCCUAGGCCCUGGGGGGAGAGGAAAUCUGCUCUCCUGUAGGGGCCGGGGUCAAUGCAGGAUGUUCUGGGCUGUCCUAUGGGCCCUGCUGUACUGUUAAUAUUGUACAAUAGCAAAUGCCCAGCCCUGCCGAAGCAAUUCUGGCCCGAGUCCCUGGAACUGGGCUGUACUCGACCCCAGCGGCGCAUGGCCCCGGGCCGACCUGUCUUUUUAAAACACUGAGAUUUUUCAACAGCUAUUUUGUCUUGUAUCAAUAAACUAAGCUAGGGAGUGAAGGCCCCGCCCCUUCCCAGCAGGGGGCGGGGCCUGCAUGCUGCUGGGGGUGUGGCUCUAGGGCUCUCCCAUGCACAGCUGCUGCUCCAAGUCCUGCUGUUUUCGAUAAGACUCUGCACUAGCUGGAGUUCGUGCCCCUUCCCCCCCGACUCCCCAGCUGUGUCUUUCUGGUGAAAUAAACGUGAUGUAAUCAGAA